GUGGGGGAGCUGGGAAGGAGAGAGACACAUCAGGCGCGGAGGGGGAAGUGGAAGAAUCAGACAGUGUGAGGCGGCGCAGCUCCAAACUGAGGACAAGCACACGGUGUGCGCCCUCGUGGAAUAACCAAACAUUGGUGCCAAGAAAGGCUGCAGGAGACCGUCUGAUGGAUGAACCAAGAGCACGUUUACAGGAAAGACACUUCAUGGAGCGCGCGGACUUUUUGGGGGUGGACUACCCCUCUUUGUUCAUGUGCAAGCCCAAAAGGGGAAUCAAGCGGGAGGAUGGCGGCAAGGACACUUAUAAGUUACCACACCGUUUGAUAGAGAAGAAGAGGAGAGACCGAAUCAAUGAAUGUAUCGGUCAGCUGAAGGAUCUGCUGCCGGAGCAUUUAAAGCUUUCGACUCUGGGCCAUUUAGAGAAGGCGGUCGUUCUGGAAUUAACUCUGAAACAUUUAAAUGCGUUGACGGCGGUCACAGAGCAGCAGCACCAGAAGAUCGUCGCUUUGCAGAACGGGGACCUGUCGAUGAAGUCGUGCGUUCACACCGAUGCGGACGCCUUCCAUUCUGGUUUCCAAAUGUGCGCCAAAGAAGUCCUGCAGUACCUGAGCCAGUUCGAACACUGGACUGCACAGGAGCAAAGCAGCGCCCAAUUGAUCCAGCACCUUCACAAGGCCCUGGCCCGGGUCCAGUCUGGCUCGCUUGUCCCCCAACAGCAACACGACGCACCAGACGGGCACAAAGCCGACAACCAAGCCAACUGUGUCCCGGUCAUCCAGAGGACCCAAGGCGGGGAUUUAACAGAGAACGACACGGACACGGACAGCGGCUACGGGGGUGAGGGGGGGAAGGACAAAGAGUGUGAGCACAACAACACUUUGCAGGUGGCCAAAGGUGUGAAAAUAAAGCAGGAGUUUGGAGACGAUCGCCCGGCCAAGAAACCAAAGAUGAACUGGUCCGGUAAUGGCUCCGGGGGUGCGGAUGUGGCAUUCGUGAACUCUCUGAUGGGAUUAACUGGAGUGGGACAGCAGACGCCAAUUUGCAUGCCUUUCUACUUCAUCAACCCAUCAGCCGCUGCCUCGUACAUGCCUCUUUUCGAUAAAAACAACAUGGAGAAGGGCAUGUACCCGGCGGCGGCAGCGGCCCUAUCCUCUCCCUUCCCUUGGCUGUACCCUGCACAAGCAUCCGCUGCUGCGGCCUUUCCGGGUUUGUCGGCGCACUUUGGUGCCUCGUCUCCGUGCAAGGAUCCCCAAUUUGCCGACGACGGCGACACCAGCUCACCCGAUGAGCGUGAGGAAAUUCCCACGAGCGACGAAGGUGACGAUGGCGAGGAGAGCAGGAGUCACCAGCCACGUGACCAGUUGCCCCUCUGUCAAAGCAGCUAAUUGACCGGGUCGGGUCAACUGGACCCAGGUGAAUGUGCACUCGCCAAUUAGAUGCACCUCUUGUGUGAAUGCUGAGAGUCAAACACCCCUAACUUCAACAAUAUGAUUAAAAUACUCGCUAUUAUUCCAGUUUGCAUGUUUUCCGCACUUGUGUGGGUUUUCUUCCGGGUACUCCGGCUUCUUCCCACAUGGCAAAGACACACACGUUAGGUUCAUUUAACUUUCCAAAUUGUCCAUAAAGUAAACCCUCCUGGAACAUGGCCUGCCUCAAAUAGCAAAAAAAUGACACACCCACCAAAGUGUUUAAGAGGUUAAUAGUACUAACUGUAAUAUUGCCCCAGAGCACUUACAUUGUUUUGCUUAAAAAAUAAAUGGCGAACAAAUGAUUUGUUUUUGAAGACUCCACAAACAACCCAGGCCGAACUUAAUAUGCUCCGCCACAUAGUCGAGAUUUCUAACUACUUUCCUAUUUUCCUUUUAGCCAGCAUUUUAGCACCAUCUUGUGGCAUUUCACGUGUCACAAAGAGCACAACAAUAUGCGAAUAGCUCCGAUUGGAUUUCGCAGGCAAAAAGACAAAGAAAUGGUGAUCAUGUGACUAGUGAACCACAAAUAGGCCGGAGUUCACCGUAUAUGUGAAUGGUUGUUGGUCUCUUUGCGCUCUGCGAUGAGCUGGCGAUCAGUCCAGGGGGUACGCCGCUUCUCGCCAAAAGUCAACUCACAUACAGUAUGCGCCAAGUCUCCUUCAAACUGACUGAAAUUAAAAGAUGGAUUAUUAUAACACAGCCAUUCAGAAUGAAUCAACAAUUCUUUAUCUUCAUAUUGGAACGUAGUUAUGGCAAAAAAAAAAAAAAAAAAAGCGUGGGGAAUAAAUAGGUCCGGUCAAUGAAUGCUCCAUAAUUUCUCACCUACUUGGUCUUUUUCUACUAUUAUAUCUACAGCAGCCAGGGGAUACAGUUUCCUCUUCGACAACCCCGCAAUAUUUCUCAUGUUUCAAUACAAAAAACUAAUGCAGGUCUACACGGAGCACCUCAAAUGUUGUUUCUCAAUAAGAACACCACGGGUCACGUUUUUUUUCCUUUGCAGAGUUGUUUAUAUGCGUGACGGUCUGUCGUCUGGUGUGGAACUGUGGACCUGCACUAUGUAUUUCACAGCUAUCCGGUUCACAAGUGUUCUGCCUCGUCACUCGGUGUGCGGCGGGUCUCAUAAUGUCCCAAUGUCAUCCCCUCGGGGCCGUACUUUAAUGGUGAUUUGUUCACUCGGUUAUUGUCCACCAAUGUCACCACAAUUCUCAGCAUUCACACAGUUAAUGAUGUAAUUCAUGGCAGUUUGUGAGGAUUGUAAUGUUGAGGAUGCAAGUUCAGGGAGGAGAUUUUUGUGCGUCAUUAUUACCUGGAUGGAACAGUUCUGACAGCGUGUGCCUUUUGCACUUCUACUAGAUUAAUUAAUCUGAAUGCUCAUCGACGAUGAUUGGCAUAUAUAGGCAACAAAACUGUUGUGUUGUACUGCAGUUAGUUUUGUAUACUCUUUGAUAAAAUAUUGUGAAAUGGCAGCGUUGGUGCCAAAUUUUGAGUACUACAUGUGCAAGUGCGCAAUAUCCCAAUCAGCUUGUCUCUUUGGAUGUAAGACGUUGGGAACGACGUCUGCCAAGGUUUGGAACAUCUCGCUGCAUUUGCUCGGACUGUAAAUAUUCAAACCCGGAUGGUAGUCGGGUUAAUCAAGAUGUAAAUGUGCACUAAGAGGGCCUAGAAGGCCACAAUACCUCACCCCUAGCAUUGAUCGGGGUACUCGGACAUUACGGUUCCUCUUAAAAUACAAAAACUAUCAGACGUAAAGACAGACAAAGUUAAUGCUUGUACAAUAGCAAUCAAAUUGAAUGUCAGCUAUAUCUGGUCCACAAUCGUAGAAACUCCACAAUAUGCUGUAUAAGCAUAAGCAGCAUAUUGUCGGUUCCCCAAACUAAGCAUUUCUGUACUGAUUUGCAGUGAGCCAGCCCUUUUACCUCCAGGAAGCAAUGUAGGAUAGCACCUUAUGGAUCUUUAAUAUUGAAUGUAUCUGUAUUUUCCAUGCUGUUAACGUUUGUACAGUAUGUAGGAAGAGCUUUCCUCUCUGAGAUGUAAAGUGCACUUUUUUUCUGCUUUUAUUUCCACCCACAAAGCCCCAAAGGUCGUAUAUUACCCACGAAAAACAAUUGUUGUAAUUGACCUUUUGUGUUGUUGAUGUAUUUUUGUCUUGAAUCAAACGUGUGAUUUCAAGUCAAACCUGGAUCAGAGAUGUCACACUUGUGAUGACUUCAUUCAGUGCAGUGGAGAUUCUGUCAUUUUCCCAAUUUUGCUAUUAUCCAUUUUGAUCAUUUGGCUCCUAAUCAGCUCGAUUACGUAAAGCAUUAUGUUUAAUGAAGGAACAACAAAAAAACUGUGGUCACAUGAUUGUAAUUUGAGAAAAAUUCCUGCAACUUUGGUGACGCCAAGCUUUGAAAAAGUUUUAUGUCAUUGACUACCCUUGAUUCUCUUUGUAUUUUGGAAACAGUUGCUUUUUGUAGUUUCUUUCAGCUGGACUCCCCUCAAAUGGGUUAGCAGCUCUUAUAGAAAGUGGCAUGUAUGUCUGUAAAUAUUUUUUGUGAAUGUACUAUAAAAUGUCAAUGUUGUAGAUGUCUAUGGAUUUUUUUCAAGAAAAAAAAAUUCCCUUGAGCAGUUGUUGCACAUUUUGUUGCUUUACACAUUAUGCUGUUAUAAUGAUUGCUGAUGAGUUGAAAAAUAAAUGUCAAAACCCAA